UCCUGGGGCGCUGAGAGGGAGACGCUCCAAGAGGCUCCUCCGUGUGGGCGAGUAAAAUGCCCUGGAUGUGAGAAGCAGGCCCAGAUCAUCUCUACUGUGUGUUCAAAUGUGCAUGUAUUUCUUCUGAGUUGAUUAAAGUUGUUUUAGAACUAUCACGUACCUCAAAGAUCUGACUGACCACACUGCACAAGCCUGCCUGCCAUGGGCUGUCGGGAUGUCCAUGCAGCCACAGUCCUCUCCUUCCUGUGUGGAAUCGCCUCAGUUGCAGGCCUCUUUGCGGGGACUCUGCUUCCCAACUGGAGAAAAUUACGACUGAUCACGUUCAACAGAAACGAGAAGAACCUGACCGUUUACACAGGCCUGUGGGUGAAGUGUGCCCGAUACGACGGGGGCAAUGACUGCCUGAUGUACGACACUACGUGGUACUCAUCAGUUGACCAGCUGGACCUGCGGGUCCUACAGUUUGCCCUGCCCCUCAGCAUCCUGAUCGCAAUGGGUGCCCUGCUGCUCUGCCUGAUUGGAAUGUGUAACACUGCCUUCAGGUCCUCCGUGCCCAACAUCAAACUGGCCAAGUGUCUGGUCAAUAGUGCAGGAUGUCACCUGGUGGCCGGGCUGCUGUUUUCCCUGGCAGGUACUGUGAGCCUCUCCCCAUCCAUCUGGGUCAUCUUUUACAACAUCCACCUGAACAAGAAGUUUGAGCCAGUCUUUACGUUUGACUAUGCAGUGUAUGUCACUAUUGCUAGUGCUGGGGGCCUGUUUAUGACUUCCCUUCUACUGUUUAUUUGGUACUGCGCAUGCAAAUCUCUGCCUUCUCCUUUCUGGCAACCACUGUACUCCCAUCCUCCCAGUAUGCAUACUUACUCACAGCCCUAUUCAGCACGCUCCCGCCUCUCUGCCAUCGAAAUCGACAUUCCAGUAGUUUCACACACCACCUAAUGGGGAAGUAGUUGUUAAAGCAAGCUUGUAGCCUCACAUUUUCCUUGUGCAAGGAGCUCUUUUGGGCCUGUAUACAUUUUCCUUUGUUUCUAACCAUUCAAUGAAGCCAAAUUUGUAUGUCUUAGUAGAAUAAAGUGCUGCUAGUUUUUAUGAAAAGUACAUUAUUUUAAAUGUGAAUCAUUCCUUUUAUCUUGCUUCUUAUGCUAGAAGGAUUUUUAACCUCCAUUUGAUAUCUGGUCAGUUAUUUAGGGGAAAGUACUGGUAUCUCAUUUGACGUGAUGUAGAGCAACAUAGUACAGUAAAAAAUGCUUGCUAAGAGGAGCUGUUGUAUGCAAUCUUUAUGACUAUUUCAGAAUGUGUAUUGCCCAUUUUCUAUAAUACCUUAAAUUGGGAAAGAAGGGCAAUUUCAAAUUUAAGAAAUUUUUUUCAGGUAAGGGCAAUAUUUUAACAGUAGCCAGUCUACCAGCUUAAGGCUAUAACUUUUCUCACUUCUUUCUCGGGGCUAAUUGUAUUGAAUAGAGUUUGGUAUUUUGAAGAUGAUUUUCUUUUGUGAGUUCCUUAUCUUCUACCUCAUGCCUGUGUUUAAAAAUAAAAUGUAUUUUAAGUAAUGUCAGAGAGAAUAAGCCUAACACUUAAAAUAUCUAUUAGUAUGGAUAACAUUUAACAUAAUUUUUAAAGUUAAUGGUUCUAUAAGUUGUAUUAUUAGAAUUAAAAUGUGCCAUGUGAUGGACUGGUGCUUCCUCUGAGGCAGAAAAACUUUUUUUCCAGAUACCAUCCACUAAGUAGUACUCAUGCCGAUGUAUAUCUCUUAGUGACUAAGCGAAAGAAAUAAAAAGGUCCGAGUGGUUUGUUCUCCCUUAGACAAGAAUUUAUUGGUAGGGAAGAAACAUCUUUUCUUUGGUGACAACAUUAGAGAUUUAUUCUGGUCACUGCCUUUUGAGUGAUGUGUGAAGUAUGGCUUCAAUAUGACCACAUUCACCUUUGAUUCAGUUCCUGCCCCAUCACUGAUUAUUUCUUUGAGCAUAUAUCUUUGCCCAAUACUUUACUAGGUGCUAUAAAGGAUACAUGAAAAGUAUGAGAUCUGGUCCCAUACCAAUUUAAUUCAAUAGAGAAGAUCAGAUUGUUAUCUGACAAUUCGAGAACAGUCUGACUUCACUGGCAGCUGGUCUUCACUUCUCAGUCAUUUAUCCAGGAAUGUAUUUCACCCAGAGACAUGGCUUUCUAGCAGGCAGGCUUAUUGUACAAUAGCAGCCAUAUUCUGAAACCUAGAAAUUCAAUUUGUUGGAUCCUUUGGAGCACCUUCCUUAGCCUAGACACUGUAAUAACACUAUAUCAGAUUUGUGAGAAUGGGCAAAAGUGAUAAAAGAAGUUAAAUUGUUCCCUUUUCACCUCUGAAAGUAUGAUGAUGUAUUGAAGAGGGAGGAGCAACUAAAAUCUCUCUUCUAAUGGGGUAACCUUUAGAGGAAACCAGUUAACACUGAGAUGAAUGCUUAGAAAUUUAGGGAUAUUGGGUCUUUACCCUUAUGAAUUUGAGCUGCUUAAUUGGUAUAAUUCGCUACACACUGGUACUGUGUUCAUGGGGAUUUUGUUCUAUUACCCAUUAGAAAUUUCACAAACAACUAGUUGCAUGAAUAUUGUGCCUCUUUUACAAAUCUGAGUAUGAUUCUGGUACUUCUGUGGAUGUAAGUGGUACUUUUGUUUCUAAUUCCAAACAAUAGUUUAUGUAUAUAGCAAGAAAAUCCAGUUGUAUAAUUUUUAAAUGCCAUCAGUUGAAAGCAUGCAAGAUUAUGAUUUUUCAGUUGUAGCUUCUGAUUUCCUUUAGUUCUUUUAACUCUUCUCAGAUGUAGCUGAGUCUUGAUUAUUCCAAGACAAUGGCAUAUAGAAUUUUGAGAUUAAUAUUAAUUUCCCCCUUUGCUAAUUAAUUUCUGUCCACUCACUAAUUUUGUCCAGAAGUGUCAAGAAUUCCACCAUUUCUUUAUAUAAACAGUGUUGAAAACAGACUCAGCCAUUAACAUUCCAGAUACUUUUUUAGUCAAUGGGAUCAUACAUAAAAAUGUUAAACUUUUCCUAUAAGAAUCUUUUGGAUUCUUUUCAUAAUCUGUAGCCUCAAAUUAGUAUUUAUAUUCACUAGGCAAAAGAAACAGUUGUUUCCUUUAUUGUCUUUAAUACUUCAUAUUUGCGAUCAGGAGCUAUUCUUCAAAGCCAUCAAAGGAAAGCAAAUAUUUAUGAUUCUUUUUAGUAACUUUUGAGUACUCACCAGGCUAUCAUUGUUAUGGGGGAUAUAUUUUUUCAUUGCUACAAGUCUGAUAAUGUUAAGGGCCUUUUUACAGAAGCCAGCUUGGAAAACACCUUAGAAAACUUUAAAUGUGGUAUGAUGCACCAGAUUUGGCUUAUCCAGCCAUGGGAGAAAAAAACCCCUGUGUUUACCUUACCUGUGAAUAUACACUGUAGUAGGUAAUAUGUUUCCUGUAAACUGCAAUGUAAAACCUCAAUAAAACUGCACUGUACUUCUUGAUGUUUAUUAAAAGAUGUAUUUUUACAA